AUGCGACCUUCACUAGCCUUGGCGAAUCUCAGCCUAGUCCCUUAUCUUUUCUCCAACACUGGCGAAGCUAGGAUAUCCCCCAAGUCUCCACCCUCCAUUGACCGGGCAGGAGUAGUAUCCCGGUUCAAUCCUUGCCGCAAUGCCAGCUCGAAGAGCACCCCGAUGCAGGUGGGAAAUGGGGACUUUGCAUUCGGAGCAGAUAUUACGGGGCUACAGACCUUUCUCCCAUACGGUAUCCUUUCUUCCUGGGGAUGGCAUAAUUCGUCACUGCCUGCGAACUCCACACCAUCGGAUUUCACGGGAUUGGACUGGUGGACGCAUGAUCGGCUAGUGAAUUAUGAUAUGCCCAAUCCUGCAGAGCCAGACAUUUCUCAGUGGUUGAUUGCAAAUCCGCAUCGUAUCAACCUAGGUCGCAUCGGAUUGGUUUUCGGGGGAGAUUACAGCAAUUACACUGAAGAAGACCUGCAGAAUAAGACGCAAAACUGGAUAUUUACCGGGUGGCGUGGUAGUAAUGUGUCUAUUUCCAGAGUCCCCGAUUCUCAUCGAUACGUCUUGCAGCCAAACGGGGACCACACAAGAGAAUUUGAACUCACAGCAACCUUCUCUCCUAGAGAGGGCUUUCAAUCUUCUUCGCUAUCUUUCGAUGCAAUCAUUGCACGAUCUCAGCAAUGGUGGACGGGCUAUUGGGAGACCGGAGCCUUCGUAGAUCUGAUGGGAGCCGGGAAUGCAACGGCAGAUGAAAUACAACGACGCGUGAUACUGUCCCAAUACUUGCUGGCAGUCAAUGAGGCCGGACACGAUCCGCCACAAGAAUCAGGGUUAGUAAAUAACGGAUGGUAUGGCAAGUUUCACAUGGAGAUGUAUCUAUGGCAUUCUGCUCAUUGGACUCCGUGGGGCAAACUCCCUUUGCUGGAGCGGAGCAUCGGUGUCUACAAUCGGUUCCUUCCCUCAUCGACGCAAAGGGCAGCCGACCAGGGAUACAGCGGCUUGAGAUGGGGCAAGAUGAGCGACCCAAGCGGGAGAUCUGCCCCAGGCGAAAUCAACGCCCUGCUCAUAUGGCAGCAACCCCAUGUCUUUUACUUCGCAGAGACGGAGUAUCAGUCUGCACGGCAUGCAGGAAGAAACAUGGAAGAUGUCCUAGCGAAAUGGGACUACGUACUGACCGAGUCGGCAGACUUCAUGGCAUCUUAUGCCUUCUGGAAUACCUCCACAAACGUAUAUGAUCUCGGUCCUCCGAUGUACCCAGUCUCGGAGAAUACACCACCGAACAGCACCCGAAAUCCCACCUUCGAGUUGGCAUACUGGCACUUCGGUCUCGACGUAGCCAUAUCCUGGAAAGCCCGACGUGGCCAGCAAGCUCCCCAGGCAUGGACACACGUCAAAGACAACCUCGCACCAUUACCGGUAGUAUAUGCUGUAAACGAAACAACGGGCGAGAAAGUUCUCACAUAUACACUGUACGAGGGCAUCCCAAGCAUGUGGACAGACCCCGACACAGUCACCGAUCACCCAGCACUCACUGGCAUCUACGGUCUCCUACCCCCCACGGCAGCGGUGAACCAAACACUCGUAUCGGCGACCGCGGCCCAAGUCGCCAGUGAUUGGAACUUUACAACCUGCUGGGGCUGGGACUUUCCCAUGCUGGCGAUGAAUGCAGCAAGGCUGGGAGACGUAGACGCCGCAGUGCGGUAUUUGGUGCACCCGAAUUCUGAAUUUGACGACGUGGGUAUGCCAGUGGGGACCAAGGCACCGACCCCUUAUUUUCCUGGAAGUUCGGCCCUCUUGUUGGCUGUUGCGAUGAUGGCUGGGGGUUGGGAUGCUGCAACUAACAGCAGUCAGCAGGACUUUGCGCCCGGGUUUCCGGCCAAAUGGAAUGUUCGUGCUGAGGGGUUUGGGCAGAUGCUGUAG